UUGGUAACGGUGACAGCUGGACGUGACGUCACUCGGCGAAUAGGUUCUUUUCUGUCCCACGUUUCAUGGGCUUCAAGUUUACUGAUUUCAAGGAGCAGUAAAAUAAACCAAAAUGAAGAUCGGUUUGUGCGCGUUCAGUGGAUUCAAAAUCUACCCCGCUAGUGGUAAAACAUUGGUCAAAGCUGAUGGCAAGACCUUCACCUUCAUCAACAAGAAAUGCGAGCGUUCCUUCCUGAUGAAGCGCAAUCCGCGCAAGGUGAAAUGGACCGUGCUGUACCGUAGGAAGCACAAAAAGGGUAUCGUUGAGGAGGCUGCCAAGAAACGUACCCGCCGGACGCAAAAGUUCCAGCGCGCUAUCGUCGGUGCCUCUAUCACCGAUAUCAUGGCCAAGCGUAACAUGAAACCCGAAGUUCGUAAGGCACAGCGUGACCAGGCCAUCAAGGUUGCAAAGGAGGCUAAGAAGGCCAAGCAGGCCGAAAAGAAGGUGAAGACCCAACCAAACACAAAGGCACAGAAGCAGAAAGCCGCCAAAGUGUCACAAAAGGCCGCCCCACGUGUAGGAGGAAAGCGAUAAAUAUCAAAAGCCUCUAGUUGACAGUGCCCGUGGAGUUUCUAAAUAUUGAAUAAAAAAACAAACAAAAAAAUGUACACAAAAUGGAAA